CUGUGAUCUUUUGUGCUGACUCCGAAGGAGCCUGCAGUUUAUUGUGAAGCAGAAAAUAUCUGCGGACACCAUGAAUGGAGCGGAUUAUCUGCAGCAGCACAGCGCCGAGAGUCUGUCCUUCGAAGAGAUGCAGCAGAUUAACCCGCUCGGAGUCCAUCAGCAGCAGAAAGACGAGGGCAGCCAAACCUCCGAAGUUCAGCAGCUGCUGGAGAUGAAAGAGGAUCACCCUGAAUGGAGCCUCGGUCUGGACCAGCAGGACCGAGAGUCUCUGCAGAUAAAGGAGGAACAGGAAGAACUCUGGACCAAUCAGGAGGGAGAGCAGCAUAAUGGAUUGAAGGUGACUGAUGUCACCACUUUCCCAUUCACUAUUGUUACUGUAAAGAGUGAAGAUGAUGAUAAAGAGAAGUCUCAGUCUUUGCAGCUUCAUCAAAGCCAAACUGAAGACAACAGUGAGAUGGAGCCUCUGACCAGCAGCCCAGCUAAACAGGUGUGCCGACAGCGCCAACAAGUCUACAGCCAGUCACCAAACAUGAUGCAAAAAAACGUGUCAAGAUUCAGCAUCCCGCCAAUGGAAAGGAGGACUGCACGUAGAUCCAUGAAAGGAAGAGGGAGAUGGCAGAAGUGCCUGCCUGCCAGUUCCAGUUCGGACAUCACUCUUGCAACCUCUCAAUACCAGAAGGACUCGGACGAAAACAGUGACCCCUCGCUGUCACUCAUUGCCAACAUGCCACACACAAUGCUGGAGCCGGGCUCGUCAGCCAGCCUGCACGGACGUGUUGGCCACAGAGUUGUGACCGGGGAGCCAGAGUUGGAGAUAGAGGAUGAAAAGCCAAUGGUGUCACAUUGGCCCGGGGUCAAGAAGAGGAUCCGGAUGGAGCCAGAGGCGACUCUCUCGCCCGAACAGGAAGACCACCUCGUAGAGUGGUUUGCAGCUCACCCGUUCUUCUACGACCAGACAGCACGCGACUUCAAGGACAAGCGCAGGCGAGAGCAGCUGCUGGAUCAGAAGGCCGAGGAGCUAGGAGUUACCGGGAACUUCCUCUGGGGGUGGUUCCGCAACAUGCGGACCGUCUAUGGUAAACUAAGGAAGAAGAAGAAUGAGCAAGCAACACGACCACUGACAGCCAGGCAGCGGUGGACUUCAGAUAUGUUCAAAUUCUUGGACAAGCACAUGACCAUCCGCAGGAGCAGCCUGGGAAAGCUUCAAGGGGCACAGUCCACCAAUACCGGAGUGGAAGAGGAGGAGGAGGAAGAGGAAGAAGAAGAAGGAGACGAAGAGCCUGCGAGGUCAUCAAGUCGUCCUGGGUCUCCGUCUCCUGUUCCCUCCAGUCAAACCCCAAAGUUAAAGGGCAAGAAGGCCAAGCUCGCCAGCCGCUGCGUCAACAAGGCAGUUCUUCAAAUCCCAAACAGCAUGUCCUCACUGCAGACGGCUAUGAGGUCCCUGCAGGUAGCUAUGGAGUCCCUGCAGGCGGCCGUUGGGGGGUUGAGCAACAACCGAGUCAUGUACUGUCAAUACCUGAGCACCGAGGUGGGCAUGCUCACAGAGGAACAGUGGUCAAUGUUUCAGCAGGAGACUAUGGGGAUGCUUAUUCGUUUCCGUACUGCCCGUCAGCAGCGGCAGCAGUCCGCAGUUCCAGUCCUCCUCCCUCCGGGCUCCAUGGAGUCGAUUCCAGGCCCGAGCAGCACUCUGCUCAGUAGUUCCUAUUUCCAGUCCCGGCCAGCACCGCCCCAGUAGCCUCUGUCCCAGCAAAUUAAUUUUUUUAUUGAAUUUGUGAACUAUUUCACAAUUUAUUUACUGAUCAUAGUUGAGUGUUUAUGUUAAUAAACAAUCAUGUUUCACUGGUACUUACUUCUUGAUUCCUUGUAUCACAGUAGUAAAACUUGUGCCUUACAGCUGCAAGACAUUUUAAUUGGCGCAAAUUUUACUUUGAGGCGGAGAGUCUCAGUUUCUUGUCGGUGUUAUGUGUAAACUUGAAAAAUAGAAAAAGCAGAUGUUUCUCAUUAUAUUGUACUUUAUACAUGGACCAUUGUGACCUUUAAAUUCUUAUAUUCUAAAUUUGAAAUUAAAAUUUCAAUUUCUUUUCAUGUGAGUGAACUAUCUUGUAUUUU